AUGGCCUGCCGGCGUAUCGCGCCACCGCUGGUCGUCCUGUUCCUCCUGCUUCUAUCCACCGCGGCGCGACCGUCUCAGGCUCAGUCGAGCAACACCACGAUCACCCACCACUCCCGACCCGCCGUCGGCGGGUUCACGCCCACCACGGUGAUCGUGCUCGUGGCCCUCAUCUCCGCCUUCGUCAUCCUCACCCUCUUCUCCAUCUACAUCAACCGCUGCGCGCCGACCCGCGCUCCCCCGCCGCGGCGGCCGCCGUCCCGUUACGCUCCGCCGGAUCAUCAUCACGCCGUCGUCCACCCGGAGCGCCGCGCACGCGGCGCCGGGCUCGACAGGGAGGUGGUCGAGUCGUUCCCCACCGCGGUGUACGGCGACGUGAAGGCGCGCGUGGCGGCCAAGUCGGGCCCGCCGCUCGAGUGCGCCGUGUGCCUCGCCGCGUUCGAGGACCGCGACGAGCUCCGGGUGCUCCCCGCCUGCUGCCACGUCUUCCACCCGGACUGCAUCGACCCCUGGCUCGCCGGCGCCGUCACGUGCCCGCUCUGCCGCGCCGACCUCACCGUCACCGCGCCUUACACUCCUCCAGCUUCCUCCUCCGAGGGCUGCGACCUGACGGCGGCGCGCCAGGAGGCGGCGCGAGAAGAGACGGACGACGAGGAGCGCGACGAGGCGCGCCUCGUCGCCGCUUUUACGCCCGAGUCCGUCAUCAGCUUCGGCGCGGCGCGGCCCCACGAGUUCCACUACCGGCGGACGCAGUCUGCCAUGGACGUGCCGGACCGGCACACGCUGCGGCUGCCGGAGCACGUCAUGAAGGAGCUCGCCGCGGUCCGCAGGCACCGGCGGGCCGCCAGCCUCGCUGGUUACCCCGACGGCGGCGUGGAGCGGACGCCCGGAUGGCUGGCCUCGUUCUGGCGGUCCGUGUCGUGGCAGCGGCCCAGCCGGACGGAUCCGGACGCCGUCGUCGACGAGCACGGCGGGAGCAGCAAGCGCGUCGUCCCGAUCACUGGAACACCGGCAGAAAGUCCCAGCGGGUCAGGGGCUGCUACGGAGGACAAGGAGAAACCUAACCAUGACGCGUUAAACCAGGUCUGA